GCCUUCAACUAAACGUAGCCAACAAGAAAGCAAAAUUUUAUUUAUUUUCAAUUUUAUCAUUUCUUUUAAAACUUCUUAUCCCACUCGUAUAGUCACAUCGAAUUUAUAAAUAUUAGUAUAUAAAGCGUACUAUGAGAUUAGUUGUGGAAUAAUGGAUAAAAAGAAUGAUGUUCAAAAAGUAAAAAAUUUAAGUGAAAUUGUGCAAACAGACAAUGCUGAAUCGAAUGAAAAAGGAUGCAUGCAUUAUAAAAGGAAGGCUAAAUUUGUGAGUCCAUGUUGCGGGAAGGUUUACAGCUGUCGGUUUUGCCAUGAUGACGCAGAAUCUCACGCAUUCAAUAGAAAACAACUUGAAGAACUCAUCUGUACUGAAUGUGAGACUCGUCAACGCGUUCAAACCAAUUGCGAGAAAUGUGGAAUUCGUUUCGGACGCUAUACAUGCCUUAUUUGUAAUCUCUUUGAUGACGAUGAUAAAUCUCAAUAUCAUUGCGAUAUGUGCGGUAUUUGUCGAGUUGGUGGAAAAGAUCGAUUUUUCCAUUGUGAAGUUUGCAACAUGUGUUUACCAAUGCAACUAAAGACAGAAGGUCAUCGAUGUGUAGAGAAUGUAAGUCGGUCAAACUGCGCUGUUUGUCUUGAAGAUAUUCAUCACAGUCGAAUUCCUUGUCACAUUCCAAGUUGCGGCCAUUUGUUGCAUCGAACAUGUUUUGAACAAUUACUCGUCUCAGGAUAUUACGCAUGUCCAACGUGCCAACAAUCAAUGCUCGAUAUGAAACAGUUGUGGAACUACCUCGAUAAUGAAAUUUCUGUGACUCCAAUGCCAAAUGAAUACGAGAAUUUCUUUGUUGAUAUUUUGUGUAAAGAUUGUCACGAAGAAUCGACAGUAAAAUUUCAUGUUGUCGGAUUGAAAUGUCAAAAUGCUGAAUGUGGAGGAUAUAACACAACACGAACACAAAAGCGCACAACCGUCAACAAAGCUUCGUCAAGUUCAACUUCUCCCGGUAGUAACAACGAUGACGCUGCUUCUAGUUCGUCAAUCAAUAGAAACAACAUUGCAUAACAGUAGGAAAGUAUUGGAAUCAACUCUGCAUAAUUUAACAUUCCAAAUUUUUGACUUUUGCAAAGCAAAACUGUUUUUCGUUUGCUUUUUUUUUUUGAAAGUUGUUUAAUCUCAUCUAUGGUAAAUGGAGACACACUGAUAUUUGACAUUAUCUUUAAAUUUUCUCUCAAAUUAUGCCAUAAAAGAAUCUUAAAUGAAAUAUUCCACUGUUUGUAAAAUGAAUCUCAAAAUUUUAAAGAAUUCUUACCAACUGAAAAGACUUUUGCGCUAAGAAGAAUUAAAACUUAAAGUGAGUUAAAUAUGAAAAAUAUUUACAUCUGUUUGAAUUGUGGAAAAAUACUUUAAAAUUGGAAGUUGAUUAUCAGAUACAAAUUUACAACAAAUUAAAGUGCAAUGUGUAGGUAAAAAUAAGUUUGAAAUUAUCAAACCUUCUUUAAUACUUCAUUUAUACGUGUGCUUCACAAUUGGUUGAAUAUUUCCACUUGUUUGAAUAUUUCAUUAUUGAAUUUUCACUUUUCUCAACAGUGAGCUACAUUUAAAUCAUUUUGAAAAAGUCAAAUUCUUGACAAAUUCCAAUCGAAAAUGUUUAUUAAAUCAGUGAUUUUUAAGUGAUUUAGUUCACUCUUACAACGAAAACUAAACUAGUACGAUAUCAUUCAACUUUAUGACGAAAUUCAAUUUUUUACAUGUAGAUUUUUGUCUAGAAAUGUAAAAGUUAAAAAAA